AUGGCGGCGCCCAUGAACCCAGCGAUGGGUCCUCAGGCACCUGUGGGCGGCGGACCUCCUGGGCCUCAGCUUGGCCCAGGGGCAGCUCAGCAGCAGAUGGGAAUGCCACAGCAGCAGCAGGACUUUGACCCGGUGCAGAGGUACAGGAUGCUCAUCCCGCAGCUGAAGGAGAGUCUCCAGAGUCUCAUGAAAAUCGCAGCUCUGAAUCUGGCCCAGAACACAAAUAUUGAUAAUGGCAGGAAAAUUUCAGAUGUCCCAGUUCAGAGGUUUGAUAAGAGCUUGGAGGAAUUCUAUGCCUUGUGUGACCAGUUGGAGCUUUGUUUGCGCCUUGCCUAUGAAUGUCUCUCUCAAAGCUAUGACAGCGCCAAGCACUCCCCCACUCUUGUGCCUACUGCCACCAAACCAGAUGCCGUCCAGACGGAGAGCCUGCCAUACACCCAGUAUCUGAGCAUGAUCAAGUCCCAGAUCACCUGUGCUAAGGACAUACACAAUGCCCUGUUGGAAUGUUCCAAAAAGAUUAUGGGUAAAACACCUCCUACCCAGGGAGUUUUAUGA